CUGGGCGGCUCGGGCUGGCAGCGAGAGACGAGCGAUGGAGGGCGACAGCGGGGCCCCGUGGGCCCUGGGGUUGCUGCGCACCUUCCACGAGAGCGAGUUCGCGGGCUGGGAGAAAGUCGGCUCCGGCGGCUUCGGGCAGGUGUACAAGGUGCGCCAUGUCCACUGGAAGACGUGGCUCGCCGUCAAGUGCUCGUCGUUGAAUUCUCUGCCCGUCGACGACAGGUGCGUGGAGCUUUUGGAGGAAGCGAAGAAGAUGGAGAUGGCCAAGUUCCGGUACAUCCUGCCGGUGUACGGCAUUUGCCAAAAUCCCGUUGGCCUGGUCAUGGAGUUCAUGGAGACGGGCUCCCUGGAGAAGCUGCUGGCCUCCGAGCCGCUGCCGUGGGACCUGCGCUUCCGCAUCGUCCACGAGACCGCGGUGGGCAUGAACUUCCUGCACUGCAUGUCCCCGCCGCUGCUGCACCUGGACCUCAAGCCCGCCAACAUCCUGCUGGACGCCCACUACCACGUCAAGAUCUCCGACUUCGGGCUGGCCAAGUGCCACGGGCUGUCCCAGGACUUCAGCGUGGAUGGCGAGGACGGCGUGUGCGGGACCGUCGCCUACCUUCCUCCAGAGCGCUUCGGGGAGAAGGGCCGGCAUUUUGACACCAAGCAUGACGUGUACAGCUUCGCCAUCGUCAUCUGGAGCGUGGUGACGCAGAAGAAGCCUUUUGAAGAUGACAAAAACUUCCUGCACAUCAUGAUGAAAGUGUCAAAGGGCCACCGCCCGGAGCUGCCGCCUGUCUGCAGAGCCAGGCCGCGCGCCUGCAGCAACCUCUUGGGUCUCAUGCAAAGAUGCUGGCACGGGGACCCGUGCGAACGGCCCACCUUCCAAGAAAUCACUUCAGAAACCGAGGAUCUGUGUGAAAAGCCUGAUGAUGAAGUGAGAGAGAGAACUCAAGGUCCAGGAGUGAAAGAUGCUCCGGAGCCCAAGAGCGAGGCGCCGGUGUCCACGCCCCUCCAGCGAGCCUCGGCCCCCGCCUUCGACAAGGACUACAGCCUGUCCGAGCUGCUGUCCCAGCUGGACUCGGGCAUCUCCCAGACGAUCGAGGGCCCAGACGAGCUCAGCCGCAGCUCCUCCGAGUCCAAACUUCCAUCGGCGAACAGCGACAAGCGGCUGUCGGGGGUGUCGUCCGUCGAUUCUGCCUUCUCUUCCAGAGGGUCCUUGUCCCUGUCUUUCGAGCGGGAGCCUUCCACGGGCGAUCUUGGCACCACGGACAUCCAGAAGAAGAAGCUCGUGGAUGCCAUCGUGAAUGGGGACACCAACCGGCUGAUGAAGAUCCUGCAGCCCCAGGAUGUCGACCUGGUCCUGGAGGGCGGCACCAGCCUGCUGCACCUGGCCGUGGAGGCCGGGCAGGAGGAGUGUGUCAAGUGGCUGCUCCUCAACAACGCCAACCCCAACCUGACCAACAGGAAGGGCUCCACUCCCCUGCAUCUGGCUGUGGAGAAGAGGGUGCGGGGCGUGGUGGAGCUCCUGCUGGCCCGGAAGAUCAGCGUCAACGCCACAGACGAGGACCAGUGGACGGCCCUCCACUUCGCGGCGCAGAAUGGAGACGAGUGCAGCACGCGGCUGCUGCUGGAGAGGAACGCGUCCAUCAAUGAGGUGGACUUCGAGGGCCGCACGCCCAUGCACGUGGCCUGCCAGCAUGGGCAGGAGAGCGUCGUGCGCAUCCUGCUACGCCGGGGCGUCGACGUGGGCCUGCAGGGGAAGGACGCCUGGCUGCCGCUGCACUAUGCCGCCUGGCAGGGCCACCUGCCCAUCGUCAAGCUGCUGGCCAAGCAGCCGGGGGUGAGCGUGAAUGCCCAGACGCUGGACGGGAGGACGCCCCUGCACCUGGCCGCUCAGCGAGGGCACUACCGCGUGGCCCGCAUCCUCAUCGACCUGCACUCCGACGUCAACGUCUGCAACCUGCUUGCGCAGACGCCCCUGCACGUUGCCGCAGAGACGGGGCACACGAGCACCGCCCGGCUGCUCCUGCACCGGGGUGCCAACAGGGAAGCGGUGACCUCGGAGGGCUGCACUGCCCUACACCUGGCUUCCCGGAAUGGGCACCUGGCGACCGUCAAGCUGCUGGUGGAAGAGAAGGCUGACGUGCUGGCUCUGGGGCCCCGGAACCAGACGGCGCUGCACCUGGCCGCGGCCAACGGGCACACGGAGGUGGUGGAGGAGCUGGUCAGUGCUGAUGUGCUCAACCUGUCUGAUGAGCAGGGGCUCAGCGCCCUGCACCUGGCCGCCCGGGGCAGACAUGCCAAGACAGUGGAGACGCUGCUCAAGCACGGGGCCCACGUCAACCUGCAAAGCCUCAAGUUCCAGGGCGGGCACAGCCCCGCUGCCACACUGCUCCGGCGAAACAAAACCUAGCUUGCUGCCAUCGGAAGCUGGAGCCCGUGCAGGGUUCUGGUCCCAUUGUCAUGUUCCACGGUGGGGACAGAACGAUGCUGUGCUGGUCAACAACCCUCACCUUGUUGAUGGCCUGGCGGCAUGUCAGCUGAACAGGCCAUCAAGAGGCUGCUGACUCUUGAUGCUUGCCAGGAGUCUGAGUGGGUUACCCUCCAAAUGAAGGUGGUUCAAAGGUGCUGAUCCAUCUGCCCAUCAGGGGGCCCCAUGUCAGAGGGGCGAUGGGCUGAAAUCAUUUCGUUACACUGCUGCUUCUCAGGCUGGCCCUUCGGUGACAGUCGUGGGUGCUCUCAAGGCCAUCGUGUCCCGAGCCGGAGCCUCUGGAGCGCACCAGCCUGAGGAGGCAGGGGUGGGAGGAGCUGUCUUCGAUCUUCAUUUGCAGUGGCAGACAAAGCAGGUUGUUUCAGGGUGUUCAUGGCAUUCUUGUUUUGUGGAACACCCUCACUAGAUGAACACGGCAUCAACUGUUCCUUUAAACCUCUUUAAAAUAGUCACAGCCAUGGAUAGCCUGGUCUGUCGGUAACAUGUAAUGCAUAACAUGUGAUGUGCAACGUGUAAAAAGCGAGGUGGUUUGUUUUUAAAAGCCCAGUGAGUUGUCCGCUCUGACACACUGAGAUUGCUUCUCCAUUGCUUCUUGUGGCAACACACCUUCCAGGAUGCUCACUGCUAUAGUCAUGUUUCAUUUGCAUAAAAUGCAUUUUGAACUCUUAAAGCCAAAUAGGCAAGAGUCAUCUAAAAAAUUCACCUGUAACCUCAGUUUUGGAUGCAAAACAGUAUUACCUACAUAGAUGAACCUCCUAACUUGCUGGCUUCUUUCCAGCUCCCAUGUUCAGAAAGAUGGUUGUCUGUGUGUUUUUUGGGGUCUCAGACGGGCUUUCUGACCUGCUUGUAAACCUCUAAACUGUGUAAACCCAGAGGUGGCCCUAGGAGAGACCACCCAACACUCGGCUGCACAACACAAGGUUAUCUAGGCCUGUUCAUCCCGCCGUUUGUGUCGCAUAUGGCGUGCCCUCCAAUUUUGUCAUUCGAGUGUACUUGCUGCGGGGGAUUGUCCUGUUUGCAAACAUGAGUUGUGCUGUAUGAUACAGAGAUUGAUAUUAAUAUACCAUGUAUAUUAAUGUGAAUCUGUGGGCUGGAUAUUUCUUUUCUAUGACAGGAAAUAUCCAGACUGCUUAGAACUGGCUAUGUUUUAAUAUGCCUCAUGCUGUAGUGAUACGCGCAGUUGUUAAAAGAUUGCUUGGAUAGAAAU